AUGUCAAAGCAAAAGACUGUCGUUGUUGGUGCUGGUCCCGUUGGUGCUCUCGCUGCACUUUACGCUGCUGGCCGUGGCCAUGAGGUAGAGGUCUAUGAACUUAGAGGAGGUAUGGAUCCUUCUACUGUUCCACUCAACUUUACCAAGUCUAUCAACUUGGCUCUAUCAGAGCGAGGAAUCAAUGGGCUCAAAAAUGCCAAUGUUCCCGGCCUGAUUGAGUCCGUAUUGGAAGAGACUAUUCCCAUGCAUGGCCGCAUGAUUCACGGAGCAAACCAAGGAGAGGUCUAUGAAGAAUCUCAAAACUACGACAUCUACGGACGGGUACUUUCCACUGAUUCUUACUGUGCCGAUUUCAAAAAGAACAAGGCCUGGUUUGAGAGGCGUGACGAGGGUGUGCGACAAGACCACGCUCAAAAUCCGACUCAAGGAAAAGACACCUCUCAUGCUUCCACCGAGAUUGAAGUGACGUUCGAUUUCAUGAUUGGUACAGAUGGUGCUCAUUCGUCUGUCCGCUACCACUUGAUGAAGUUCACGCGCAUGUCAUACCAGCAGGAGUACAUCGAGACGCUAUGGUGUGAAUUCCACAUGGACCCCUCAGCAACAAACGAUUACCAAAUCUCACCCAACCACCUGCACAUUUGGCCCGGCGGCGAAUUCAUGUUCAUCGCCAUCCCGUCUUUGGACAAGACUUUCACAUCAACACUUUUCUUACCCGCCAAGAUCUUCGCUGAACUGGACAAGGAUCCUUCAUCCUUGGUAGACUUCUUCAACAAGAACUUCCCAGGAGUGGCAGGCAAACUCAUCCCCGAAGCCGAGUUGCAGAAGCAAUACAAGGAAAAUCCGCAUCUGCCACUGAUCAGCAUCAAGUGCUCACCAUACCACUAUGGCUCUUCUGCCGUCAUUCUGGGAGACUCAGCACACGCCAUGGUCCCUUUCUACGGUCAAGGCAUGAACGCCGGACUCGAAGACGUCCGCGUGCUUUUCGAACACCUAGACGCAAGAAGCAACGAUGCAUCCGGUCGCGCCACAGCACUCGACGAGUACUCAUAUAACCGCGCACCCGACGCAGCAGCCAUCAACGACCUCGCCCUCCGCAACUACUAG